AUGAGUUCACCUCUACAUCUGAGCGCCCCCUUCAAGCGCUAUUACGACCAGCUGCGUGAUCCAACCAUCCCGACAGCAACCACCCCUCUCCACGUCAGCGUACUCAACAGAGACUACGACCGUGUGCGCCGACUUCUCACGAAAGAAAGAGUUGAUCCUUGCAUCACCGACCAGACCGGAUGCAGCGCGCUGAAUCACGCAGCACUCCUUGGACAUGUGAAAAUCUGCGAGCUGCAUAUCACAGCUGGAUCCAACGUGAAUUACGCCGCUCACGACGGAAGUACACCCCUGCACAAGGCCGCACAAGGUGGGCGUGUCGAUGUCGUCCAGCUUCUUCUCCAGCAUGGAGCUAACCCGACCGCAAAAGGAGAAACCGCGUACACGAUUGCCAGUCAUCGAAACCACGUGCAAGUAGCCGUGCUGCUGUAUCCAUUCUCAGUAGCCAAAAGUGAAGAUGUUAGCAGCUAG